AUGGAGAUGAUGGUCAAGGUGUGUCCUUAUGGGAUAAGAAAUCAGGGCGAUCAAUGGGAUGAGAAAGGCCAAAGCAUGCUAACCCAAAUCUUCAUAUCCUAUGACAGUAGCAGGAUAAAAUCCAUACAGACUGCAUACAUUCUUGAUGAGAAAUUGCAACUAUCUGAUAAACAUGGCGGAGAUGGAGAUACGUUCGAAACGGUUGAGAUAGAUUACCCAUCUGAGUUUCUUACUGGCAUUAGUGGUUACACCAGUAAAAUAGAUUGGGGGGUGCAAGCUGUGAUGUUUGAGACCAAUAAGAGAAAGAUUGGGCCGUUUGGGAAGGAGGAAGGCAAUCACUUCUACAUUCGGAUGGGGACUAAGCAAUUCUUUGGAGGAUUUCAUGGAAGUUCGGGCUCUGACUAUCUCUACUCAAUUGGAGUUUAUGUGAAGCCUAUCAAUCCACUUUCAACCGUUGUUACUUCUCGGUCGAAUCGAAGAGGAUACAAAUAUGAUUCUGAUUAUUGA